GUAUGAAGAACAGCACUCCACCGUUGUUAUCCAGUUUAGAGAGAGAAACACCACUCUCUAGUGAGAGAAAAUUGAAGCGAUUCAGAUUCUUCCAAGUAUAAAUUUUCUUUUUGUAGAGCUGGAGUAAAUCAAUUAUAGAGCGCUGGUUCCGAAUUUCCGGUGACAAUGGCAAUCGGCGCCGUCGUUUCGCACCGGAAUUUCGGAUCUUUCAUCGAUUCCGGAAGAGUACGUCGUGGAGAAUCAGCUACAACAAAUCAAAGAGGAGAGCCCUUGGGUGUUUCUGCUGUACAAUGUGUAAAUAGGAAAUUCUUUUGCAACAAGCUAUAUCUUCCAAGGGGAUUGUGUGGAUACACAUAUUACUCAUCUCUUCACACUAGUGGUCGGUCAAACAGUAAAUGUUUGAGAUCAAAAUCGCCGUCUCAUGUUGAAGCUUUCCUCUCAGUGUCCCAGUUACUGAAUGAGAACUUCAUCUUCAUCAAUCGUAGACAAAGAAUGAGAGGAAUAUGUCAAUGCAGCCUUUUUGAAGCGUGCUUCAAUGACAAUAGUAUACAUCCAAGGAAGUUAGAUAACCUUGGCUUCAUUGAUAGGCACGUCCUUUCCUCCAAGCAUACAAUAGUUACAAGGACCAGAGCUGACUUCAAAUCUGAAGAGCAUGACAUAACAGGAACUGAGUUGGAGUCGGUUGGAUCAUCUGAGAUGGCAAGCGAAGCUGCUUUACAUGAAGGAAAUGAGCAAUCACAACCUUGGUGGAAGCAGUUCCCAAAACGAUGGGUGAUAGUGAUGCUAUGUUUUGCUUCAUUUCUGUUGUGCAAUAUGGACCGUGUGAACAUGAGUAUAGCAAUACUUCCAAUGUCGAAGGAAUUCAACUGGAAUAGUGCUACUGUUGGUCUAAUUCAGUCUUCAUUCUUCUGGGGUUAUCUACUAACACAGAUUGUUGGAGGCAUAUGGGCAGACAAAUUUGGUGGGAAGCUAGUACUUGGUUUUGGAGUUGUUUGGUGGUCCAUUGCAACAGUUUUGACGCCUAUUGCAGCCAGAAUUGGGCUUCCGUUCUUACUUGUAAUGCGUGCCUUUAUGGGCAUAGGCGAGGGAGUUGCUAUGCCUGCAAUGAAUAAUAUGUUAUCUAAAUGGAUUCCUGUCUCCGAGAGAAGCAGAUCACUUGCUCUAGUAUACAGUGGUAUGUAUCUUGGUUCAGUGACUGGUUUGGCUGUAUCUCCUGUAUUGAUCCACAAAUUUGGGUGGUCUUCUGUGUUCUAUGCUUUUGGUUCCCUUGGAAGCAUCUGGUUUGCGCUGUGGUUGAAGAAUGCACACAGUUCACCAGAAGAAGAUCCAAAACUCAGUGCCGAGGAAAAGAAACUGAUAUUGGGAGGCAGCAUACGGAAGGAACCAGUCUCUGAAAUUCCAUGGAAAAUAAUUUUAUCCAAGGCACCUGUCUGGGCUCUCAUCAUCACCCAUUUCUGUCAUAAUUGGGGUACAUUUAUUCUAUUAACGUGGAUGCCUACUUACUAUAACCAGGUGUUGAAGUUCAACCUCACUGAAUCCGGACUACUCUGUGUGCUUCCAUGGUUUACCAUGGCCGUGUUUGCUAAUAUAGGUGGUUGGAUUGCAGACACCCUUGUCAGCAAAGGUCUUUCAAUUACAUCAGUUCGUAAGGCAAGCAUUUCUAUUGAUCGUUUAGGCCCUGCAUUCUUUCUAACACAGCUUAAGCAUGUGAAAACACCUGCUUUAGCUGUGCUAUGCAUGGCAUGCAGUCAGGGAUCGGAUGCAUUUUCACAGUCUGGACUGUACUCCAAUCACCAAGAUAUUGGGCCUCGUUAUGCUGGAGUACUGUUGGGGUUAUCCAAUACAGCUGGUGUGCUGGCUGGCGUAUUUGGUACCGCUGCCACUGGAUACAUACUCCAAAAGGGUUCAUGGGAUGACGUGUUCAAAGUGGCUGUUGUACUGUACAUCAUAGGCACAUUGGUGUGGAACUUCUUCUCCACAGGAGAGAAAAUUCUGGACUAGAUUUCCAUGAAACUAUAGGAAGAUCUGCUAGAUAGCUACAGAGAUACAGCAAAAAGAUGAUGAGGUACGUAAUAACAAUGGUCAAUUAAUAACUACGGGAACCAAAAGGAGGACCCGAGUAAAUAAGAAUCGAAUGCGAACAUUUUCGUACUUCUAUACCAUGUUGAAUCACCUCGACUGCUGCUUUUGAUGACUUUCAGAUGGGGUUCCCUCAGGUUGCUUCGAUGCUUCCUACUAAGUUUAGGCGGGGUAGUUAAAUCUAUUAAAUUUUAAAAAAAGAAUGUUCCUACUAGUAUUUUCUUUAACUCAUGAGGUGCCUCACUGCUUGAACUAUCAACAAAACUCGAGUGGACCUCGACAUUUUACACUGCAGAGAAUAUGAUUUCAGCUUUCCUUGCAAUUUUUUUUUUUUUUUUUUUUUAUUGUGAUUCAAUAUCUAUAUAUAUGAAUUGGGGUGUAAUUGCCUUU